AUGGCAAGCGAGUGGCGCUCGGUUCCGAUCCGCAACACGUUCCUGCACAUGCCCCCCCCCCACCUCGAGCCCAUCGUCUGUGUACGCAGGCGCUCUCGCUCCGAACCGCCGCCGCCGCGGCGGGCAUGGGACCAGCCGCAGCAGCAGCAGGAGCAGCAGCAGCAGCACGAGGAGCAGGCCGCGGGCGCCCCGCGGCAGGAGCCCGGCGCCGCGCGAGGCGCCGGGCCCGCCACCGAGCGCGGCAGCAGCAGCGGCAGCCCGGACGAGGCCGCGGGCUCCGCACGCGGGCGCCGCACGACGCAGAGGCGCAGGCAGCUGCGGAAGGCCGCCCGGAGGCGCGGGGCGGGCGCUGCCGCCGAGGCGGGCGCGGGCGUCCCCCGCAGCAGCGGCGGCGGCGGCGGCGCCGACGCCGACGGCGGAGCCUCGUCCCGCUCGGGGGCGCUUCGGCCGGGCGGCAGCCAGGGCGGCUGGGCCGGCGACCCGGCAGGGCGGGGGGCGGCCAGCGGGGCGGGGGGGCUGGCCGGCCGGUGA